ACGUCAUCGGCCGGACGGAAUUGUUAUUGUUUAUGAUCAAAAAAAAAAAAAAAAAAAAAACGUCCCAAAGACUUGAAACUAAAUGGAGUUAAAGGCUCUUCUGCUGUUUCUGAGUGUCUGCUGUCUGAUUGAAUCAUCCACUUCAGCACAGGACAGUUGUGGGGAGCGGCCCCUGGUUGGCCCCCCAGGUGCAUCUCGGAUUGUGGGUGGCCAGGAGGCUCCUGAGGGGGCGUGGCCUUGGCAGGUCAGCAUCCAGAUCCAUUCCAGACACCACUGUGGGGGCACAAUCCUCAACAGCCUCUGGGUGCUCACUGCCACACACUGCUUCUACAAUUACCUAUGGAUCGGCCUAAGACAUUUUCGUGCAGUGGCAGGACUACACGCGUUACCUUCUCCACGAAAACACGCCCAGAUCCGCUCGCUCCGUGAAGUGAAAAUGCACGAGGGCUACAGCAUCAACACAGCUGAUAGCGAUGUGGCACUGUUGCUGCUCAGCUCGCCCUUGAUGUUCACAAACUAUAUCCAACCUGUUUGCCUUCCUUAUGAUAUGACCCAUGAGGCCAAGCUCAACUUCAGCCACUGCUUCAUCACUGGAUGGGGAAGCGCCUAUCACAAAGGCUCGCUGAUGAACACACUGCAGGAAGCUGAGGUGGAGCUCAUUGAUAGAAGAACGUGUAACCGGAUCACCUGGUACAACGGCAUCAUCACUGAGAACAUGAUCUGUGCGGGGCUGGAGAGUGGAGGAGUCGACACCUGUCAGGGUGACAGCGGGGGCCCCCUGCAGUGCUACAGUGAGAAUGAGGAGAGGUUUUAUGUGGUCGGAGUGACAAGCUUCGGAGAGGAGUGUGGACUUCCUCACAAGCCCGGGGUGUACGCACGAGCCAGCAGGUUUGUGGAUUGGCUGAAGGCGAGUCAGACAGCGGCGUCUGCUGUGCACAGAGCGAACACGGGACUCAUCUCAGCUCUGCUCAGUGUCGCUCUGAUGUUGCUCUGAAACAGCAAUAAAUAUCACGACUUAAAGAGA